AAAGAAAAAGUGUGAUGAUAAAUUUUAAAUGGGUGAUUUGGUGACAAAUUUGUCACACCUCCUUGUUCUGGUGAAGGAUAAGAAUGGACAACAUACAGCUUUGUAAUGUUUUCAAAUCAUAUUAUUGGAUUAAAAUCCAAUACCAAUUAUAGGGUUUUUGUUCGUGCUUCUCUCCAUUUCAGAAAUUACUUUUGCCUAAUUCAAUCAGACAUGGGUCGAUCUCGAGUGGUGUCGAAGUUAGCUGACAAUGAUCCCAAUCCAAGUAAAUCAUCCAAAAGGAAAAGAAGUGCUUCGACUUUAGACACUUUAGAGACCACGGCUUACAAUAUGGUUUUAGGGCUAUGCAAUGGCGAUAUGAAAGCUCCUUUAUAUCAUUGCAAUUAUUGUAACAAGGAUAUCUCCGGAAAGAUUCGGAUUAAGUGUGUAGUUUGCCCAGAUUUUGAUCUCUGUAUUGAGUGCUUCUCUGUUGGAGCUGAGGUUUCUACUCACAAAAGUAAUCACCAUUAUAGGGUUAUGGACAACUUGUGUUUUCCUCUUAUUUGUCCGGAUUGGAAUGCAGAUGAAGAGACAUUACUGCUGGAGGGUAUUGGGAUGUAUGGAUUUGGCAACUGGAAGAAAGUUGCCGAACGUGUUGGAACAAAAAGCAAAGCACAAUGUAUUGACCACUAUAAUGCUAUAUACUUGAACUCCCCAUGUUUUCCUUUCCCUGAUUUAUCCCAUGAUUUGGGAAAGAGCAAAGAUGAGCUCCUUGCCAUGGCCAAAGGACCAAGUGAAGUCAAAAUUGAAAGCCCCAUGGUUGGAGAGCUUCCGCCAAAUGAAGAGUCUCUCUUAUCUACUAGAGUCAAAUAUGAAGAAUCCAAAACUGAUCCAAGUACUCAAUAUUCAACUCACCCAAAUGCUGAGGUUUGUGGUACUGAUUUGGAAAAAGUAAUCCCAAACGAAUCCCAGAUCAAAGACGAAAUUAAACUUGAAGAAUCUCAAUUGGAUAGGAGUAUUGGAGAGAAGAAACCUCACUCAAGGGAUGAGGAACCCUCAAUAACAGAGUUUAGUGGCUAUAAUUUCAAGAGGCAGGAGUUUGAAAUUGAAUAUGAUAACGAUGCGGAGCAAUUACUUGCAGAUAUGGAAUUUAAGGAUAAUGACACUAAUGUUGAGCGUGAAUUGAAGCUACGAGUACUUCGUAUCUACUCAAAAAAGCUUGAUGAGAGAAAACGCAGGAAGGAUUUUAUACUGGAAAGAAAUUUAUUUUACCCUGAUCUGUUUGAGAAGAACCUCUCACCUGAAGAAAAGGAAAUGUAUCAGCGGUUCAAGGUCUUCAUGCGAUUCCACUCAAUAGAAGAGCAUGAGGAAUUUCUCCAGAUUAUUAUUGAGGAACAUCGAAUUAUAAAAACAAUUCAGGAUCUUAAGGAAGCUCGAGCUGUUGGUUGCCAAACAGCAGCUGAGGCAGAUAAAUUUAUUCAACAAAAGAGAAGAAAGAGUGAAGAAAGUGCUCUUACGAUUAGGGAGAGUGGUCAUGCUGGUCCAAGCGGGAAAGUUUUGGAGAAGCUAACUCAUCUGAAUGGAGGAUUAGAUGGCAGUCCUCGAUGUCUUGUUAGGGGAUCCAUGGAUAUACACACUGGUGCAAAAGAUUCGUCAAUAGCGAUGCAUUCUAUUUCAAGCUCCUCAAAUGAUUGGGACAUCGCUGGAUUAGCAGGGGCCAACUUACUCUCUGAAACUGAGAAACAACUUUGCUGCGAAAUCCGAAUACUACCUUUGCAUUAUCUCAACAUGUUGCAGAUCAUGUCCAUAGAAGUGUUGAAUGGCAAGGUAACAAAGAAAUCUGAUGCCUAUAACUUGUUUAAGGUUGAACCCAACAAAGUUGAUAGGGUUUAUGAUAUGCUUGUGAAGAAAGGAAUAGUUCAAGCAUAAUAAUUUUCCGUGUCCAAUUUUGUUACUGAACUUGUAAUUAUUUGAUUUAUAAGUUAGUAGCCAUGCGGCUAUGGCAAUUAUUUGGCCAAAUUUUAUAUGGCAAUGUUAAUGCUAGGCAUUGGUGUUCUUUAACCUCUGUACUACGCUGUUUAAAUUUAUUAUGGAACAGGGCAUGUUGCACAGAUUACCUGCAUUAUCCUCUUCAGUUUA